UCACAUAGAUUAUACACUUAAUUUAUUUGAGAGUAACUCACUUUCAAAGUAGCCACAAAUUAAUAAUUGUGCAACAUUUUAAUUAGUUGUUUUAUUUCAAAGGACAUCGGCGAAGGCAAAAUCAUGUUUCCUAAUCAACAAUUUCCACCAAACGUUGGAUUUAACAACCUAACUCCUCAAUCAUUCAGCAAUACAAUGAACAUGCAAGGCUCUCCAGCUAUGAGAAACCCUCAAGUACCCGGACAGGGCUAUCCACUACCUGCUCAAUCUGCCUAUCCUCAGCCCGGUUAUCCUAUUCAGCAGAAUCAAGGCUAUCCACAAAGUACUGCUCAAUACCCGACACAGGGUGUUCCAUACCCUACUCACCAGAAUCAAGGCUAUCCACAAAGUACUGCUCAAUACCCGACACAGGGUGUUCCAUACCCUAAUCACCAGAGUCAAGGUUAUCCACAAAGUACUGCUCAAUAUCCGACACAGGGUUUUCCACAACAUGCUCAAUCUGCGUAUCCUCAAUCAUCUCAGCCUCAAACUGAUCAUGGAUUUAGAUCACAGCCGGGUUCGAUUUAUGGGAAUCAGAGUCACCCACCUAAUCAGUUCGGAAUUAACCAAUCCAGACCAGUGCCUGUUGUGCCGAAGUCGAGACCGACUGUCUUCCCUGUAAACCCGUUCAAUCCUCGCGAGGAUGCUGGAGUCCUUCGCAAGGCCAUGAAAGGUUUUGGAACCGAUGAGAAGUCUAUUAUCCAAGUACUGACGAAGCGUUCGAAUGAGCAGCGUCUACGCAUCGCUUUAGAGUUCAAGACGUUGUAUGGAAAGGAUUUGAUAUCGGAUAUUAAGAGCGAAACGAGUGGAAAAUUUGAAGACCUUUUAAUUGCGUUGCUCACUCCACUGCCGAAGUUCUACGCUAAAGAACUUCACGAGGCCAUGGUCGGGAUCGGUACCGACGAAGGCGUCCUCAUCGAAGUAAUGUGCACUAUGUCCAACUAUGAGAUCCACAGCAUCAAACAAGCAUACACAGCAAUUUAUGGUAAAAUCCUUGAAGACGAUAUACGCGGUGACACAUCGGGAAAUUUCAAUCGUCUGAUGACAUCCCUUUGCGUGGGAAAUCGAUCUGAAGAUUUCACGGUCGAUCAAAAUAGGGCACGUGACGACGCCAGAAAACUACUUCAAGCUGGUGAACUUCGGAUGGGCACCGAUGAAUCGACGUUCAACAUGAUCCUGUGCUCUCGCUCGUACCCUCAGCUGGCGGCCAUCUUCCAGGAGUACGAAUACUUGACCGGACACGAGAUCGAGCACGCCAUCAAGUCUGAGUUCUCGGGGGACAUCGAGAAGGCCCUCUUGACUAUCGUGAAAGUGGUCCGCAACAAGCCGCUGUAUUUCGCGGAGCGUCUCCACAAAUCGAUGAAGGGCCUCGGAACGAACGACAAACAGCUCAUUCGCAUAAUGGUGACCCGCUGCGAGGUCGACCUGGGCGACAUCGUCGAAGCCUUCCAGACGAAAUACGGUGAAACAUUGCAGAGCUGGAUCGAGGGAGACUGCUCCGGUCACUACAAGAAAUGCCUGUUAGGUCUUCUGGGUGCAUAUUGAAUGUAAAUGCUUCAUCACAAAACAAAUUUUUAAUUUAUUACCCUCUAAUAAAACGCGUAAUAUUCUGUGCUAAAAACUAAAUGCAAUUAUAAAUUAAUAUUUUAAAACGAUUAAAUCGUUUAUGAUGUAAUUUAGAUCUGAUUUUUUGUAAUUUUGUGAUUUUCUUCAAUAAAACUGUUGUAACAGCUCAAAAUAUAAAAUAUAUCUGUAACUGUACAACGAAUCUCGAUCGUAUGCCACAUACAGAAGCUCAUACAUGUUGAGCUCACUUUUUGUAGUGUAACAUUGAUCUGUACAACAAGAAAAAUGCUUUGAAGUCGAUAAGAGUUAAGAAGAUCGAUUGAUUUAUAAUAAUCUAAAAUUUGUUUAUAAUUGUUGCAAAGUACGACUGCGCGCCGCCCUUAUUUGUGUGAGUGACCAAUCUGUAUACGUGUCAAUGUGGGCUACAUAUAUGUAGCUAGCUAAAGCUGUCCACUGACUGCUCCGUCGGUUACACACACUAACGAAAGUGUGUAUUUACUAUUACAAUUACAAAUAAAGGCCACGCACGCUCGUACUCUGCAACAACUAUACAAUAGUAGUAUUACAGAAUUGGCCUAUUUAAUGUGCUCGACACGACUCCAAAUUGAUUGAUCUCAAUCCCACUUCACCGUCAAAACAUAAACGGCGGGAGAAAGAGGAAAUGGCGUAACCUGCAUUUUGGGCUAAAUGACUUUGUAUCUUAUUGUAUCACACGUAUGGCUCUAGUACAAAAUUGGGUUUUUCAAGUUACGACAAUUCCGCUUUCUAUUAUGAUUGAAUAUGAUGAUUUCAAAAAGCACUGAAUAAAAAAAGGAAUUAUUAAUUACCUUUAUAUGAGUAUGCCAUUAAAUACAGGCAUUUUCUAAGUAAUAAUAACCUAUGUAUC